AGAUUUGGAUACAAAAUUCUUCAUUUACUACGCACAACCAUCUCCUCUCUCUCUCACCUCUCCCCUUUCAAACCCUAGUUCAAAACCCUAGAUCCCCUCUCCUCGUCUCUUCCUCCUCCUCCUCCUCCUCCUCGCCCUGAUCCCCUCUCCAUCACUCAUGGACAGCACCGUGGAGGCGCUGAGCGCCGCGUACCAGGCGUUCGUGGCGGCGGCGGCGGGGGUCCUCGAGGCGCGGGAGCUCUCCGGCGGCCAAAAGACCCCGGCCACCGACGCCGCCCUCGAGGCCUUCAAGCAACGCUGGGAGCUUUUCCGCGUCGCCUGCGACCAGGCCGAGGAGUUCGUCGAGUCCAUGAAGCAGCGCAUUGGCUCCGAGUGCCUCGUCGACGAGGCCACCGGCGCUGCCCCUGCCGCCCCCGCCGCCGCGCCCGGGAUCCCGCCGAUCAGCGCCGUGCGCCUCGAGCAGAUGAGCAAGGCCGUGCGUUGGCUCGUCAUCGAGCUCCAGCACGGAUCCGGUGCCGGCGCGGCCACCGCCGCCGGCGCCGGAGGCACCGCCGCCGCCCAUCCCCAUGGUUCUGCCCCCUUCGACGCCCGAUUCCCCGAGGAUGGGGCUCAGUAGGAACACAAUAUGUAGGCCAUCCAUGCCACGAUAUGACUAAUGCUCGAUCAUGUUCACCAAGUAAGUGUCUAACUUGAUUUGCAUCUAUUGCUUGGUUUUCAUAGAAAAUCUCAAGUAGUGAUGCUAUCACAGUUACUUAUAUCUCUCUUAGGUUUAGUUUUCUGUUCUUGUGCCUUUGUUUUCAGAGUUGCUUCGCGAAGAUCUUGUUCUUAAUUAUGUCUUUUGUUGGUUUCCUGUUUUGCCUUUGUUUAUCACCAUCUGCUCGUUUCAAAAGGUUCUGUUGCUGGUGGAGUUAUUAUGGAUCACUCCUGAAAUGAACCUUUUGAUAACAGCUAUAGUAUUACAACUGUUUAAUUAUAUAUAUGCUAUGUAAAUGUUGUAUAUUUCUUCUGUUUACAUCUCAAAUGCUAUGCCCUCGUCGUACAUAAGAUUUUCACCUCAUAAUAUAAUAUCUCGUUCUUUCUUAAAGUAAUUGAGUCUCUUUCGGCAUCUAAGAAAAAGAUCAGGUCUAAACCCAUAAUGAUGCAGGGAAGGAGAGGAACCUCCACUGUUCUGUCGCCAUUCCGAGUGGGGAGGAACCUCCCUGCAAUAAGUAGGUAUUAUGUGUCUAUUGUCACUGUGAUUCCAUUUUCGGUUUGUGUCGUUGUCGAUGGCAUUCAAAAGCUGGUACAAAUUUUUGAGACCUAAUGGUCCACACAGCAUCACUAGAUGUUGAAAGUGCUACCAACUUUAAUUAUGUCCUUUGUUGGUUUGUAAACACCACUAAGUCACCAAUGCCUAAACCCUCAAAAGGGCAUGGUAAACAUUAGUCAUUCUCUUGUUUAUCUUUUACGAAUUUGAGGAACAGUUCUUGCUUGGUCUGGUUUUGUAAAACAGUGUUUUGCUGAGUUGGGGGAACAACUUUAGAAAAUCAACUUUACUAUUCAAGUAUUUUGUUUGAGAA